UUCGCAGUUACAUCUGCUCUACUAAAUUAUCAGUUUCCAUCGUACUUUUCGUUCAUAACCUCGUAUUCCGUCGCGUAAUUCUAGCUACUCCACAUUCCAACGCUAUUGAAAAUCUCAACCAUGAAAGUUUUCAUCACCGGAACCGAUACAGAUAUCGGUAAAACGCUCAUCAGCAGCUGGAUCUGCCUGCACACCGGAUACACGUAUUUCAAACCGAUUCAAACAGGUAAUACGAUGACCGUUGACAGUGCCAUCGUCGAAAGACUAGCCAGCGCUAAGAUCCUGCCGGAAAUCUACAGCUAUUCUCAGCCUCUAGCUCCGCAUUUGGCAGCCAAGUUGGAUAACAGUUUUAUCGACAUAAGUUUGAUUAAAUUACCUGAAGAAGAAGUAGUGAUCGAAGGAGCUGGUGGACUAAUGGUGCCUUUGAACGAGAAACAAAUGAUGGUCGAUUUAAUGAAACAGUUACAGAUACCCGUUAUUUUGGUAGCCAGUUCGAAGCUCGGUACGAUUAAUCAUACUUUACUCAGCUUGGAAGCUUUGAGAAUUCGUAAUAUACCCGUUUUGGGCGUGAUUUUGAACGGAGAUUAUGAUUGUAAUAAUAAAGAGGCGAUCGAAUUCUUCGGUAAGACUAGAGUACUAGCUUGUUUUCCUAAAAUACUGCACGUGAGUAGAGAUGCUCUGUUUAAGGUUAAGCUGACUAAAGAAUUGAGAGCUAUUUUUCAAGUUUGAACGGAUCGACGGUGACAGAAAUUAGUAUUUGUUUUGGUAGUUUCGAGAAAAUGAUAGUAUUUUUUUUACGUGUAUUUUAAAUCGUUUAUCAUCGACAAAAUAGAUUAAAAAUGUUCAGACAUAAUAUUGUAACGAAUCAACGAAUAAAAUAAUUUGAAAUAUUUCA